UAAUAACGAUUUGUUCAAGGCGUGGUAGGGACAUUACUGUACGACUGACUUACAUAUAGUGCCAUGUAUCCACAUGUAACACAGUAACUCAUUACGUUUUACUGUUGUCGAAAACAUUUUUUUAAGUACAUAUCGUAAUAUUGACUAGCGGCUAGCAACGCACUGGACGUGUGUCGUAAGUGCGCCGUAUAUCGACCUGACAUACCUAAGUAUCGGUUCUUAUCUCAUUUCCAGAUCAAUUAAGUAUGCAACGUCGCUGCUGCUUAACAAAUGGUGUUUAUUUGCGUAAUUAACUUCGACUCGUACCUGCUUUGCACCUCUGAAGAAUAAACGAGAGAUCAAUAAAUUCAUGUUCUACCCGACAGAUGGCAGGAGGAUUGCCCCACAUCGAGAUACGGGCAACGUGAUUGGCUGCUUUGAAAGUAGUCCCUUGCACGAAUUCCUGUUCCCGCCUCGCGCGCUGUGUUAUUGUGUAGACCCCUCUAGGCCACCAUUGGCUCAUCGCGAGCGAAUACGUUGUGGCGACUCGGUACGGCCGUCAUUCCUGCUUUGAAGGUAAAGGCUGACGGAGCGAGUGCCGCAGAGCAUUUUGUGUGUUGUGAAUCGUUAGUAUUAAAAUAAAGUGCGACAUGGAGAAGAGAAUACAACUUGAGAAGAUGGGGAGAACUCCCGAUAAACUUGAACUCAGCGACAACAGAAUUUCUGGUGGACUCAAUGUGUUGAAAGACAGUCCAAAGCUCACUCACUUGAAUCUCAGUGGCAACAAAAUACGUGACAUUGAAACACUUGAACCAUUGAAGCAGUUCAAACACCUGAAGAACUUGGAUUUGUUCAACAAUGAGGUCACAUCAGUUGAAAAUUACAGAGAAAAGGUUUUCAAAUUACUUCCAAGCUUAAAGUACCUCGAUGGGUUUGAUCAGGAUGAGAAAGAAGCGGAGGACAGUGAUGUCGAGGAUGAUGAAGUGAAUGGAAAUGAUAGUGAUGAUGAAGAGGGUAUUGAAGGCAUUGAUGAAGAUGAGUUGGAGGAGGAAGAAGAGAUUGGACUUAAUGCUGUGUAUAAACAACAUUUGGAUGAGGAGAGUGAGGGAGAUGAUUAUGAUGGUGUCGAAGACGAAGAAGAUGAAGAUGACGAUGAUGAAUUGGGGGAGGAAGAAGAAGAAGCUGAAGGUGAAGGGCAGGAUGAAGAAGACGGAGAAGAAGAGGAAGCAACACCGAGAGGUAAGAAGAGAAAGCACGACGACGACGCAGCAGCAGAUGGCGAAGCCACAAACUAGGUGUGGGACACUAAAAUAGUGUGGUCAGGAGCUUGUGGACUCCAGGGGCUGAACUACCACUGCUGGGGAGGGGGUAAUCUGUGCUGGGCGAGGUCUCGUGCUGCAGAGUGUCGUGCCGUGCCGUGUCGUCUCGUCCGGUGUGCGUGAGUAUACGGAUGUGUGGUGUCGUGUUAAUACUGUGCUUGUUUGAUGGACUGAAUGCGUGCGACGGAACAGAGGGAACGAGAACGGUGAAGUGAGGAAAGCAGAGAAUCUGACAAGAUGGAAGUUGUAUGCGCUGACAAGCGUGAACUAGACAGCUCGUUUUUUGUACAGAUUGCUAAACAAAAUUAAAUAUGAUCCCUUUAAAAUAUAUAGAUUACUACUAUUCUUAUUACUACUUCUGGCACUUGUAACGUGUGUACGUUUGUACAUAUGUACAUUCGUCUUCUCACAGGAACACACACACACACACACACACACACACACACACACACACACACACACACACAUGGCAGAACUGAGGAUGAGGAGUAUGCCAUUAAUCUGUAACAUAGAAGAUUUUUAACUGUCAUGUAAUUUUUCUGUUACACUGAUGUAUAUUGAAUCAUAACUGCCGCUUUUUUUAUUUCAUUACGUGUAAUAGACAGUAAUAAGAACAGCUUUCUGUUUAUCUUCUGUACAUUCACAAGACACCAGACUGGAAGCACCAUUUCUGCUGUUUGUAUUUAAUAGUUAACCUUGCAACUCACUACAAAUGGCGGCAACAGUGUUUCUCGUAAAAAGAUACUAAAGAAUAAAAGUACAAAUUGUCAUGAUUAUUUUGUAACUAUAAUAAAGGAUAUAAUUGCCAUAUUUGUGGUGAGGUGAAAGGCCUAGUUUAUUAGUGACCUCUGUAUAAAGUAAUUAAGAGUCAGAACAUUCUAAAUUUUUUGCUGAGAUGAGAAUUUAAGGAACAAAGAUUGUACGAUAAUCGGACACAGUUAACAUGAGUUUCCACCACAAUUUAUUUGAAUUAAGCAAUAUGUAAGUUUUGUUGUUAAAAUGAAUUUUUAUCAGAUGUA